CAACUCUUCGCAAACAUAACUGGAUACAGUUUAGACAGAAUUCUUCGGCUCUUUUUCGAAACCUCAGAGGAAGGUCAUAGCCUGGGCUUCUGUGCAAUGUCCUGAAAAUGGAGCUUCCACUGCCACAGUCAGUCAUGCUGCUUCUUCUGCUUCUGCUGACAUCAGCAGAAGGCAGUGAACUUGAACAGUCUGUAGUAGAUGCGACAACUAUGGAAACCCGACAUGGUGAAGUGUUCAAACUAAGGCUGGAUGCCAGCCUCCUGUCCAGCACAUCUGAUGUCUCCCGUCCCGGCCUGGCCUCGGUGCAGGCGGUCCAGCGUCGCCUCCCGGUGGAUCGCCUGGAGUCCGGUCCGUUGGCCGGGCUACGGUUCUCGCCGAGCGUGCGGGACGCGCCGGACCUGCCGGCCUGGCUCUCUUAUGACUUUAGCCAGGAGCGCAGCAACGGCGUGGUCUACGGCGUGCCACCGCCGCACGUGGAGCAGUUCCAGUUGGAGGUUAUUGUGACGAACCUGAGUACGUACGAAACGAGUCGCCGCGAGGUGUUCGUCGUGGUCCUGGAAAACGAAGAUCCUCCAACACAUGAGGUGCAACUGAAGAUAAACAACAUGAAUCCUGUGGACCUGUUUUUUGGCUCAAACAUGGAUAGGCUCCACGAAAUAUUUCGGGAGGUGCUGUGGCCGCAGGGCGGGGCCGACCUGCUGUUGCGUCUGGCCAGCCGCGCCGCCUUCUCGGCGCCGCUGCGCCACCUGCAGCGCCAGGUGCGGCCGCUGUGGGCGCGUGUGCCCUGCCCGCGCGACUUCACGCGCAGCAGCGCCGAGCGCCACUUCCGCCAGCGUGGCUUCCUCGUCGACUGGUGCCAGUUCAAGCUGGUGAGUGGGGCGUCUGGCCGCGGCCGGUGA